AUGGACGAGGAACAGCCUCUGCUGGUCGAGGACCCCAUCUGCGAGGAAGACAUCUCGAAGCACUUGCUCGACUUUGACCCCAAUGGCGACUCUGAAAACCCCAGGGAAUGGCCCGCACCCUUCAAGUGGACUCUGGUCGCAUUGCUGGCUCUCACCGCGUUCACCAAUGAGGGCACAAACUCACCAGCGGCCGCCUUGCUCGUCACAAUCUGGGAGCUCGGUGAAGCCGCAGGUCCCCUCCUCAUUGCGCCCCUUUCCGAAAUUUACGGACGCUACCCCGUUAUGAACGCCGCCAACAUCCUCUUCAUCAUCGCUACGGUCCUCGCCGCCAUCAGCACGAGCACCCCGCUUCUCAUCGGCGCCCGCUGCCUCACCGGUCUCGCCGUCGCUUCCAAUGUGCUUAACCCGGCCAUCAUCGGCGACAUGUUCGUCCCGGACAACCGCGGCUCGGCGAUGAGCAUAGUAUCUCUCGCCCCGCUCAUGGGCGGCGCGGUCGGUCCGAUGAUUAGCGGCGCCAUUGCGCAGACCCUCGGCUGGAGACAGGUUCUCUGGAUGAGUGCUGGUUUGGCAACGGUUUGUGAGAUUUUAUUCCUCACCUGCUUCCGGGAGACGUAUAAGAUGACCAUCUUGAGACGACGUGCCGCGAAGCAUGCUGAUGAGCACGGGGCACCGCUUCACCCUGCCAGAGUUGAUGACCAUAAGAGCUUAAUUAAGCUAUGGGAGUCGAUCAAGCGGCCUUUCUAUGUUUUGCUCAGGUCAAAUGUUCUGAUGGGAUUGUCGUUCUUUGGAUGCAUAACAUUCGCCUACUUUUACGUCAUGUCCAUCAGCUUGCCUGUCAUUCUCCAGGACGUGUAUGGCUUCUCGCCCGCCCUGACUGGUCUUUCAUUCAUGUCCUUCAGUGUCGGAUCAUUCAUCAGUGUCCUUGUCAGCAACUUCAGUCUCGAUAGGAUUUAUGUGAAGCUUCGCGGCAACGACCCCGUAGGACGCCCCGAGUACCGCCUCCCGCUGGUUAUCAUCGGCGCGUUCACCCUGCCCCUCUCCAUCACCGCAUAUGGCUGGAUCGCAGAGCUCCACCUCCCUGUCGGCCUUCUUCUCCUCUCCGUCGCGAUGCUCGGCUUCACUCUCCUGAUGGCCUCCCUCCCGCUCUCAGCCUACGUCGUCGACGCCACAGGCCUGUACUCUGCCUCUGCCAUGACCGGCGUCAUCGUGACGAGAUGCCUGGCGGGCACUUUCCUACCCCUUGCGAGCGGACCCAUGGUGCAGACCUUUGGUUAUGGUUGGGGGUUCACAAUGCUAGGUGCUUUCAGCAUUUGUCUUGCGCCGAUCCCGGUGAUUGUCAUGAGAUACGGCCACAUUUGGCGCCAAAAGUCCGAGUACACGAAAGAUGCCUGA